GUACUGAAGUCGUUAUUGCUUGGAGUCUAUAAAAAGGCAGUUGCACAGCAAGUAAUUGAUACGUAGUCAGCUUUGACUCUAUGGAUCUACUCAUUCUUUAUCCUGUAUUUUUCUCACCUGUUCCCACCAAGGAUUCCCCAGCCCCAGAUGUGGGAUGAGACGUGAGGCUGGAACUUCAGUUCUCUGGGGAAAAAGCUUCAGGAAAUGAAGAGAAAGAACAGCUGAAGGAGCAGCCCCGGCAAAUAGGGUCUUUUGCCUUCUGGAAAAUGUAUAUAUUGUGCUUCUUGGGAAGUCCUUCAGAAAGAACAGAAAGUGUUUGCUUCCAGAGAUGAACAUGUCCUCACAACUCUAUGUUUCUGAACUAAAUCUGAGUGCCUUUGGUAGCAACUUUACUGUGCCUACUGUCCAAAGCAAAUCAUCGCCGUGUGAGCAAGUGGUCAUUGCUGCUGAGGUGUUCCUAACUCUGGGCAUUGUAAGCCUCCUUGAAAAUAUCUUAGUUAUCUGUGCAAUAGUUAAGAACAAGAACUUGCACUCACCCAUGUAUUUUUUUGUUUGCAGUUUAGCGGUGGCUGACAUGCUGGUUAGUGUGUCUAAUGCUUGGGAGACAAUAACAAUAUACUUAAUAAACAAUAGACACAUAAUUAUGGAGGAUGCCUUUGUCCGUCAUAUAGACAAUGUCUUUGACUCAAUGAUAUGCAUAUCUGUGGUGGCUUCCAUGUGCAGUCUGCUGGCUAUAGCAGUAGACAGGUAUAUCACUAUCUUCUAUGCCCUGCGUUAUCACAACAUCAUGACAGUGAAAAGAGCAGGGCUUAUAAUUGCAUGCAUCUGGACCUUUUGCACAGGCUGUGGCAUUAUCUUCAUUCUUUAUUAUGAAUCAACUUAUGUUAUCAUUUGUCUCAUCACUAUGUUUUUUACCAUGUUGUUCCUCAUGGUUUCCCUGUACAUCCAUAUGUUCCUCCUGGCUCGUACUCAUGUGAAGAAAAUUGCUGCUUUGCCUGGUUACAACUCUGUCCGUCAAAGAACCAGCAUGAAAGGAGCCAUCACUCUGACCAUGCUUCUCGGCAUCUUCAUUGUUUGCUGGGCUCCAUUCUUCCUUCAUCUCAUCCUGAUGAUCUCCUGCCCUCAAAACCUCUACUGUGUUUGUUUCAUGUCUCACUUCAACAUGUACCUCAUUCUCAUUAUGUGCAACUCAGUGAUUGAUCCCUUAAUCUAUGCCUUUCGUAGCCAGGAAAUGAGGAAGACCUUCAAGGAGAUAAUUUGUUGCUAUAGCCUGGGAAUGGUCUGUGGGUUAUCAAACAAGUACUAAGAAAGCCAAACCACACCAGGGAAGAGGAUGGAAAUGCAACAUCUUGCCACACCUACUAGUUCUGCUGGGAUGCCUAUGGACCAUCUCUCUCCAUUCAGCUGCCAUGGUUUCCGAGGCAAUCACAAACCCUUUUUUAAUUUGUGAUUUUUGCCUUUCUCGCCCUCCACACAUGUCUGUCACACUGGUGGUAGGAGCUACUCAGUGUAUCUGUAUUACAGGGAGAAAGAAUACUUUGAACACCAUUUACCCAACUGAAAACUGGAUCUUCUAAGAGGAUUAUACAGGAAAGCCUUUUUUUUCCUUUCUGCUAAAUGCAGUGGGUGUGAUCUACCACGCAAACAAGUCCAUCAGGCUCUCAGUGUACGUUUCUCUUGAUAUUCUUUGUCUCUCUAGAUGCAGCAUUGCUCAUUUUGAUGCCCAGAAUUAAGAUUUUUCCUUCUGAAAACAUAAAAUCAGAGAAGUAGCUCCAACAUCAGGGUUCAGACACCUUGCUCCACAGUUAAGACCAAUGCACAAAUCAGCAGUCUUGCAUGCCAGUCAGGACUGUUACUGUUAUAAAAUAUAUAUUAUGUAAGAAGACAGGGUUACAAAGAGAUUUUUCUGGGUUGGGCAAAGUAUUUCAUCAUAUCUGGGUCUGGGGUGAGAUGUAACAUAGGUGGAUUUUAAGGCUGAAUACGCAGACUGGCCUAAUUCUAGACUGUUUUAUUUAUUCACCGGGGCUUGGGAAGUCAAGGGUACAUGGCCUCUAGAUGGUCAUGUAGUGUUUUGUGGAGGCAGAAAGACUGGGUGAGUAGAUGUCUUCGUAGAGACAUUAGAAAUGUGUUUCAUUCAGGAGUAGCUUUGUUACUGAAGAAAGUUGUACUGUAGAAUGCAUCUUUCAAGAUGGGAGGGGCAAAGCCAGUCUGAUGAUCAGAAGCCAUAGCAGGCAAUGGCAAAACAGGGGUUUCAAAAUCUCAGGCACAUGUAGCUACAGCAAAGUCCUGACUUUUGCUCUCCAAACAAAAAGUCCUUGUCUUUGCUGAGAGGAUUCCAAGAUAAAACCCUCAAGCCUUUUGUGUGGGUAAUCUGCAUUGUCAGGCUUUCAGGAUAUGCUGUUCUGUGACAGCUGUGUAAUGUGCAAAGUGCUGGAUUUAUCACAAAUAAAGGAAGGGCAAAUGGGACACUGGUUUAUUGAUGCCAGUGGUUGGUGGAUAUUUUGCAUUGAGAUAUAAACUAUGAAUAAAUUUCAAACACUGGUGCCCUAUGGACUAGCUUGGAAAAAUUAUUUCUACU